UCAGUCCAGUUUUGUAUUGUCGUUGAUUGCUAGAUUCUAGAAAAAUAAGUACAAUAUUUCAUAAUUGUGAUUAAUUUAGUUUUUAGUUCGACUAAAGUCAGAGUGUACCUACUGGGAAGGAGUGUCGCCAUAUACAAAAAAAAGUAGCUCGAAAGUUUAUCAUCAAGAAAAACUAAGAGAAAAACAGACUACCACAACAAUCAAAAUGCCGGUAACUCUCUACGGAACAAUUGUGAGCCCACCGACCCGGGCCACAUUGAUGCUGAUAGAAAUACUCGGCAUUACCGUUGAUUUUAAAGAAAUAAACUUACCCACAAGAGAACACUACAAACCUGAGUAUUUGGCAAAGAACCCGCUCCACACAGUUCCAAUCAUCGAAGACGAUGGCUUUACGGUCGUAGACAGUCACGCCAUCAUGACUUAUUUGGUUACAAAAUACGGCGGCGCCAAUCAUUGUAAUAUGUAUCCCCAAGAAUUGAAGUUGCGAACGCUGGUUGACCAGAAACUAUACUUUGACGCGUCUGUCCUCUUUCCUAGAGUUCGCAAUGUGAUCUACGACAUCGCCCUUGGAGGUAGCAGUUUAGGAUCUCCGCACCCGACGCAAUUUCAGUUGAAACAAAUAGAAGAGGCUUAUGCAUUUGCUGAUGCUUUUCUUCAGAAGACAAAUUACAUAGCAGGAGACGAGUUGACUGUUGCAGAUCUGUCUUGUGUGACGACGAUAUGCUCGCUGGAUACUAUAGUACCGGUCGAUUAUGAGAAGUACGACAAGUUAUAUGCGUGGUGGGAUGGUUUGAAGAAAGAAUCUUGGUAUCAGAACAAGAACGUUCCAGGAGCGACACUGUUUAGCGAUUUUAUGAACAGUUUAUUGAGACGACGCUAGCAAUUUUUUGAAGGUUUUUAUCAAGUCCAAUUAAAUAACUUAUAACUAUUAUCUUUUAUUUGCUUUUCUCUUUCAUUUCUUGAUUAUUGCAUUAUGUUAGUUAUUGUUACGCACUAUGGUUUAUGUUGAGUGUGCAAGUGACUUCUGUCAUAGUAGAAAAGUUCUCAACCACUCUACCAAAUCGGUACAUACAUACAGGCUGUCUCAAAAUUUACCACGUCGCACUGACACUAGAGGUAGCUAGGCUUAAGACGCAUCGAACAAGCUAAAUUUCCCAUAGAAAAGUUUGAUUAGUUUUGAAAUGUAACUGAUUAUUAUUCGAUAGAUUUAUUCGAUUCGUCUUAGGCUCGUCUACCUCGAGUGUGGAGUAAUUUUGGGACAGCCUGUAUAAGAUUUAAAUUAAAAUCCAUUCCUAAAAUGUUCCAAGUAAUAAAUGAGUGUGUUGAAGUGUAGGGGUACUUGAAAAGAUCAAUUCAUAGACCUCCAGGAAAUAUCUAUCACAAUAAAACCACCGAUCUCAGCUAAUAUUCUGACAUUUAUUUACAUGGUUAAAAUAUGUAACGGUAUUUAUCACUCGAACACGACGUCACGACACCCAUUGCGCCCGACUAUGUUAAUAUACAAAACGCUACCCUAUCAGAAUCCUCACCCUAAAUACCUUUACAAAAUUUACAUAUACAUAAUAUACUCUCAUAAGACAAAACUUACAAUAAAAACCUAUACUAACACCGUUGGAUAUAAAAAAUUAUGGAAUCUUUUAAAAAUUAUAUCUUUAUUAUUAAUUUAAAAUGGUAUUUCAACAUUAAAACGUAAUGCGUCUAUUUGUAUGUUAAAAAAUAUAAACAUUGUUAUAAUAUGUAUUCUUAAAAAUAGAUUUUAUUCAAUUUGAACGUACCUACUUAAACUAGGCGAUUUUUGGGGCAAAUGAGUUACUUUCAUCACCAAGCGUCAGUGAUAACAACUUGUUUACAUUUUAUAUUAAAUUACGUAAGAAAAUAUUUCAAUGACGACAAGUAACAGAAUUUGGGUUACUUUGGGAUGUAUGGUAACACUGCCUGGUCACAUCAUAGACAAUAAAUUGGGUUACGAUUCUAAAAAUCAUAGAUAAAGUAAUAUACACAAUAGGACAAUCCUAUUUUUGUGAUGUAGGUGUAGAAAAUUGUGAAGUAAAGGCAAAUUCAUUAAAAUACUUGUAUCCCAGAGUAACAUUGAAACAUUACUUACAAAACAAUUAAAAAUGAACAAUGUCCCGUUGAUACACGGUUUAUUUUUGUUUGAAAUUAGACACCACGUCACAUUAAAGCUCUUAUAUUAUCCCAUUUGGUGCAUAUUUGAGAACAUUCUCUAACGCCCGUAUUCACAAACAUUACUAUGAGGUCUCACAGUGCGCGUGGACGCACAGGGUGACACACGAACCAAUCACAGAGCUCUAUUAAACGCUGUGCGUUCGAUUUGCUGCUUCAUUUAAGCAAGUAUCGUUUGUGAAUACGUGCGUAAUAUUAUCAUGGUAUGGCGACGACUAAUAUUGGGUUACGUAAAAACGAUUCCUAAUAUAAUCCAAA